UGUUUGAUGGUACUUUCAGUUUUCGAAGACUGAAGACGAGAUGCUUAUAUAACUAUUUGUUUUUGCAUUUGAAUUAGAAGAAAAAAAUUAUAUGAGAAAUUUUAUUUACUUUUUUCGAUUUUUUUUUCGUGUUUCGUGCUCCUUAGGUUCAAUACCACUCUAAGGACAAAUAGGCAAUACUUGUUGGAACAAAACAUACUAAAGUGUUAAUAAACAAAAUGAAGUAUACAAUAUUGUGGACCGCAGUGUGUGUUUUCAUAUUGACUGAAGGGUUGGCGGUCUAUGCCCAAAGGUGCCCGCCUAUAGACUGCACCAUAGGAUGUGUAGAGAUGGACGAACACGGCUGUCCCGUCUGUAAAUGCGACCCCGGACCCGGCAUAGGUCGAAGAGAGGUCCGGGACAGACGUCAGCUGACAUUGCAAGCUGUAUCGAACAAUACCUCCACGACCGGAAGUGGCGGCAGUUUGUCGUCUUCAUCAUCAGUUGACAACAAUGGCGGUUGCCCCAAACUGCGCAGUGACUGCAACUUUGACUGCAUCACGAUAGGAGCUACCGGAUGUUUGGAGUGCACGUGCACCGGAAGUGGGUCGCCAACAUCCCUUUCCGGCGGCUCUUCUUUAACAGGUUCCGGUGCCGGUGGUCAGCCGUCUGGCGCGGCUUCAUCUCUGACAGGGGGCGCCACUCUUACUGGUUCCGGUACUACGUCCGGAAGUUCUCAGUCGCUUACAGGAGGCGCUACUCUGACAGGUUCCGGUUCUGCGUCCGGAAGUCCCCAAUCGCUCACAGGGGGAGCUACUCUGACAGGUUCCGGAACUGCAUCCGGAAGUCCUCAGUCGCUCACAGGGGGCGCUACUCUGACAGGUUCCGGAACUGCGUCCGGAAGUCCUCAGUCGCUCACAGGGGGCGCUACUCUGACAGGACCGGGCACUGGGGCUCAACCGAAUCCAAACAACACAUCUUCUUCCGGGAAUGGCGGGAGCUUGUCGUCUGCUGCAACAGGGGACAAUUCGGCUGGGUGUCCAAAACUCCCCAGCGACUGUAACUUGGACUGCCUUACCAUCGGCGCCGCCGGAUGUUUGGAGUGCACUUGCACCGGAAAUGCUGCGCCUUCCUCUCUGACCGGUGGCGCCACUUUAACUGGUUCCGGUUCUGCGACCGGAAGUGUUCAGUCGCUCACCGGCGGCGCUACACUGACGGGAUCUGGUUCCGGCGCUCAGAGUGGAAGCAAUAAUAGCUCUUCCGGCACUGGGUCUUCCUUGGAGAUGAUGACGUCAGCGAACUCCAUGGCGAACAACAACGGCUGUCCUGCAUUCUCCGCCGGAUGUACCGCAGAAUGCCUCGGUCUGGACGCGCAAGGCUGUCCAGUGUGUAACUGCCACCAUGCCGGUUCCGCGCCCUCCAGCGGUAUGACGUCAUCAUCAACAGACCACCAGAUGACGUCAGGUGCUUCCAGUAACGCGAACGGAUGUCCGACAUUCCUGGCCACCUGCCCCCAGGAAUGCGUUUCACUUGACGGUCACGGGUGUCCCGUCUGUAUUUGCAGCAACAGCAGCGGACAAACAAGUUCCUCACAAGUUCAAGGGUCAACCGGAAACAACAACGGAUGCCCGACGUUCCCUAGCAACUGUGGGUCAGACUGCGUCUCACUGGACGCCAUGGGAUGCCCCCUGUGCAGCUGCACCCAAGACGGCAACAACAGCGGUACCGGAAGUUCCGGUUCUCCUGCCACGGGAGCCAACCCCGACAACAACAACGGAUGUCCGGUUUUCUUACCCAGCUGUACCGCGGAGUGCACCACCACGAACGACCAGGGCUGCCCCAUUUGUCAGUGCCCUGGAGGCGGACCAAACACGGCGAAUGGAAAUAACUCAUCGGUAUCCGGUCAAGACUGCCCGGCACUCCUCCCCAACUGUAACACCGCCUGUCUUUACACGGCCGAUAAUGGAUGCGUCAUCUGCCUCGAGGCAUGCAAUGCCGAGAUGAUUGCAUCCAUGGGACCCAACGCCACCAUAUCCGGCGGGCCCACAGAACCUGGCACGGCGACAGCGGGAGGCAGCAGUUCCGGCUCCACUUCCGGUUCAUCAGGUGUUGUCACGUGUCCAGCCAUCGACAUCUUGUCCUGUCCCACGGAAUGCGCGAGUUUCGACGCAAAGGGCUGCCUUAUUUGCACUUGCACAGCGAACACGGGCAGUCAUGGCGGAAGCACCGGCGGUCACAACAUGAAUGGAUGUGACGCCUUCGACGCCUCCUGUCCGUCUGACUGCGUCUCCAUCGACUCCCACGGAUGUCUCUUCUGCACAUGCGCUAAAGGAAACAACACCAGUACAGGAGGUGGGACCGGUAGUGGAACCGGAAAUGGCGCCGGCACCGUCCAAUGCCCGGCAUUCGACGGGCUCCACUGCAACCCCACAUGUAUGAAACUGGACUCUCAGGGCUGUCUCAUUUGCGACUGCGGAACUUCAGCCGGCGGAUCCGGUACUACCGGCGGAUCCGUAGUCACUCAGGCGCCGGUAGUUCCCGGCGGUGUGAGCGGAGGAGCCUCUACCUACGCACCCAGCCUAGGCGAAGUCAACCAGACCGUCAGCGGUGGCGGCGGAAGCAGCGCCUCUUCCGGUAACAACAACAACGGAUGCCCGCCGUUCGAUACUUCCUGUAAAGCCGGAUGCGCAAGCCUGGACGCCAAUGGAUGCCUCACAUGUACAUGCUCAUCUCCAGCUGGAGGUUCUUCCGGUGGCACAUCGACCGGAACAGGCGGUAGCGGCAGUAACGGAAGCGGCUGUCCGGCGUUUGACGCCUCGUGUCCCUCUUCAUGCGUCACUAUGGACGCCAUGGGUUGUCUGGCCUGCACUUGCUCUGGAUCAACAAUGGCCCCCACCGCCGGUCAUCUAACGCUGGCUCCUCUGUUAGGACGUACAACCGCGGCUCCCAACGCCGGUAGUUCGCUUACCACCGCCGCUCCUUUCGUCCCAGGAGGGGGCGCUGCAACGACAUUCACCCCGGGUCUCGUUGGCCCUGGUCAGAGCGGAACCGGAAGUGGCUCGGGAUGUCCGACAUUCGACACGUCCUGUCCGUCAGGCUGUGCGACAAUUGAUUCAAACGGAUGCAUCGUGUGUAACUGUGGUUCAUCAGCCAGUGCGAGCACAAUGGCGCCCGGCCUCUCUAUAUCGACAGUGGCUCCAUCUCUUGGAGGAACCACGAGCGCCACUGGCACCGGAAAUAGCGGUAACUCGAACGGAUGUGCAACGUUUGACGCCUCGUGUCCUUCUUCGUGCGUCUCCAUGGACGCCAUGGGAUGUCUGACUUGCACAUGCUCAGGAAACUCGACGGGUGGAAGUGGCAACCAAAACCCGAACGGAAGUGGCGGCAUGGGAACCGGAAGUCAGCCAAGCACAUGCCCUCCCGUUGACGUCAUGUCUUGUACGCCGGAGUGCAUUCAGAUGGACAAGAACAAUUGUGUCUUCUGCGCUUGCACCAGCUCCACAAAGUCUCCCCCUGUCGUCACAACAACAGUAGCAGCAACAACAGUAGCACCAACAACAGUAGCGGCAACAACAACAACUGUAUCACCACGGGUUACCAGACCGACGGUGCCCAUGGUGACGCACACGUGCUCCAAGUUUGACGGCAGCUGUGAUUCUAAGUGCACCUACCUCGACCGCAACGGAUGUCUGCAGUGCUCUUGUCCAGCCACACAAACCCCAGUGCCCAUGACGACAAUUCCGCCGACAACAGCUCAACCUCUGGCCGUUCAGACAACAACGCUACCUGCACGCACGUGCCCGCCUAUUCGGUGUUUAUACCCAUGUGACAAAGUCGGUUUAGGGGCUGACAAUUGCCCCGUAUGCAAGUGCCAACCAUCUACUACAGCAGCUACUGCAGCAGCUACUACAGCUACCCCUUAAUAUGACAAUGCUACAUUAACCUCUGAUAAAAAUUGAAAAAGAAGAUCAAUGUCUAAUUUUGCAUUUGUUUUAUCUUAAUUUUCGCUAAGUACAAGUAAUAAACGUUCAAACGGAAAUGAUCACAUAUAACUAUUAUUUUUGUAUAUAAGCAAAAUAUGUUCAGUAUGUUAUCUGAAUUUUCUAUGAUAGCGUAUGUGUUAACGUUCCAAAAUAGAGGAAAUGUAAAAUCAAUUUUAACAUGGAAAUCUGAUUUUGUGGAUUAGUAGCAAUUAAUCGAUGAUACAUUUAAAAAGAUUGGAAGAUGUGUUGGUUGUAUUUAAUAGUUUUAUUAGAUACACAUGAAUAUGUAAUAUAAUAAAAUAAAUUCAUAUAACUUUUUA